CACUCUGAACAACAAUAAAAAUCUACACGUAAAACAAUGAAAAACGGCCCCAAGGACCCGUCAGGAGGCGGUGGAGCUGGUUAUCGUCCUUCCCAGACGGACAACAAUCUGUCCAACGUGUCCAUACACAUUGAAAGCGACGACAAUGACUCAACGACAGCGGAGCACGAGUAUCUGCUGCCAGCAGCAGCACCACCGAUGACCUACACGGCGACGGGCGGCAGUGGGACGGGUGGUAUGGGCUCUGUUACCCACAACACCAGCAUCAAUCUGGACACAAUUGGGGGCCGCAGUGUGCCAACGGGUCGCAGCAGCAGCCUCAGCGGUGGCCCGCGACACGGCAACAUUCUUUCCUCAUUCCUGGCCCGCCAGCGCUCCUACACACCGGCAGCCAGUUCACCCGUCCGUGUGGCCACACAAAUGAACCGUCGCCUGCAGCAGUCACGCAGCAUGGGUGCCAACAGCAGCCUGGAGGAGCCACUGCCCAGCCCUGGCGUCGGACCACCGCCAGGACCUACGCCCGUGCGACAACUUGGUUUCUGGCGUGUCAAUCUUAACGAUGUCUUCUCCCUGUCCACGGCCCCAUCGACUGAGGCGCUGCGCUCCUUUAUCACACAUUCCAACUUUCGCUACCAGCCAGCGGGAUCGGCAGCAGCAGCAGCAACCGGAAAUCAGCUACCAGCGUCGUCGCCCGUGGAUAAUUCGCACAUACUUCUGCAGCCAAAUUCCGAAGCUGUGGGCACUUCACCUCUAAGGAUCGGCCGCGUAUCUCACGGACUGAAUGCCACAAGCGGUGUAGGUGCCGGUGCUAGUGCCAGUGCGAUGAUGGGGCGCAGCAUUUCGUUGCGCGAGGGUGAAAUGCGACACAGUCUGGCUGGUGUGCGGCACAAUGCCAGCGUCAUGGAGCUACACAGCAAUCCGUCAGCCUACGAGGAGAGCGAGGAUGAGCACAAUGCGAAUCUGGAUCUGGGCGAUGGCAAUCUGACCGGCGCAGCAUUGCCUGGAGCUGGCGAUGCGGCUGCAGGCGGCAAUGUCAUCGCCAAUGGCCAGCCAGAGCCGCCCGAGCACCAGGGCGAGGAUGAGCAGCUCAUAUCGGACGACAUGGUCGUUCAGAUACUCAGCCACUUCGUGCGCUACAUGCCCCUCAUCUUUAUACUCCUCAUCAAGUUUAUCCACGAUCACCUGCUGGGCAUUGUCGACCUGCUGGUGCUGCAGACCGUCAUGUACAAUGUCAAUCGAUCGGUGCGGAAUCAGGUCUCCCGCCUGGCGCAAAAGAACUACGCCUCGAUGCUGCGCGAUAGCUGCCUCAUUGGGAUUGUGGUCACGGUGCGUCUGUUUCUGGCCACAGCACCGCCGGAUCCGUUUGGUCUGAUUGUGCCACCGCCAAGGAAAUAUUUCACCGUUGAGACCUCUGCUCUGCCCUACAAAACGGAGCAAACGAGCAGUAAAAUUGGUUCAACGACCUCAUCCUCGGACACGCUGAAGGCGGUGAUCACCACGGACACGUAUGAUGCCGCAAAGGUCAUACCACUGGGCAUGCUGCUGUACUACAUAGCAGUCAGUGAUCUCAUCAUCAAGCUGCUCACGAUGCUCAUCAAGCUGGCCAUUACCAUGCUGCCCAAUCAUGUGAUGCGCUUCAAAGUGAGGGCUCGUCUCUAUGUCCUGGUGGAAUACAUAUCGCAGUUCUAUCGGGCCCUGACGCCCAUCACGCAGUGGUUCUUGUUCCUCUACGAGUCCUAUUCGGGCCUGGAGGUGGUCUCGGGCGGCCUCUUCUCUGCCUUGUACCUGGGCGCAAAGAUCUUUGAGCUGGUGGAGCGUGCCAAGUCGCUGCACAAAGCGGUGGUAACCUUCAGGCGGAAUAUUGAUUCUGAGCGUCCGCCGACCAAAGAGGAACUGGAUGCCGCGGGCUCAGUGUGUCCCAUUUGCCAUGAUACUUUCAAUACGCCCAUUAUCCUCGAGUGUGGACAUAUUUUCUGUGAUGAGUGCGUUCAGACGUGGUUCAAGCGCGAGCAAACGUGCCCCAUGUGCCGGGCCAAGGUUAGCGACGAUCCCGCCUGGCAGGACGGCAGCACCACAUUCUUCCAUCAGCUGUACUAGGCCUCCCUCCCUCUGUGCAGGGCCAACCCCCCAAAGAAAUGAUUCUGCAUAUUUCACGUGUAUAUACAUAGUCUCCGAGCUAGCAUUUGUUUAUUAAACGGACAGUUAUUAAUUAAUACUAAUAA